GAGAAAAAGUUUCUGUUUUUUUUUUCUUUUAUUUUUUUCUCAAUUUCUCUCUUUUUUGUGUUUUUCUUUUGUAUAAUUAAUGACAAUGGAAAAGGGUUCAAUGCAAUCAAAUCUUGAUUGUUUUCUUAAUUGUACAACCCCAUUAGUCCCAUCUCAGUUUCUAGCCAAGAGUGAGAUUAGAAACCUGAAUAGGCUAUGGCAUCCAUGGGAAACGGAAAAGGUGGAAUAUUUCAAGUUGGCUGAUCUUUGGAAUUGUUUUGAUGAAUGGAGUGCUUAUGGGGCUGGAAUACCUAUUAGAUUGGAUACAGGGGAAACUUUGGUUCAAUACUAUGUUCCUUAUCUUUCAGCAAUUCAAAUCUUUACCAGCACUUCACCUGCAAACUUUUUAAGGGAGGAGGCUGAAUCUGUUUGCGAGAUGAGGGAUUCUUUCAGCGAUUCGUUAAGUGACGAGAGCGAGAAUGAAAAGCUAUCGAGGUGGGAUGGAUGCUCCUCUGAGGAAGGUGUAGUUGAACAAGAUAGCUUAAGCAGAACGAAUGAUAGAUUGGGCUACCUAUAUUUUCAGUAUUUCGAGAGAUGUACUCCAUAUGGAAGAGUUCCUCUAAUGGAUAAGAUUAAUGGCUUUGCUGAAAGAUACCCUGGACUAAUGUCAUUGAGAAGUGUAGAUCUUUCGCCGGCUAGUUGGAUGGCAGUUGCUUGGUAUCCGAUAUAUCACAUUCCCAUGGGGAGAACCAUUAAGGACUUAUCGACGUGCUUUCUCACUUUCCACACCCUUUCUUCUUCUUUUCAAGAUAUGGACCUUGAAGAUGACAUGGAGAAUGGUAGUAGGAAAAGAAAGGAAGGGGAGAGCAUCUCUCUCCCACCUUUCGGUCUGGCCACUUACAAGAUGCAGGGUGACGUGUGGAUUUCUGAUAGAAGCGGAAGGGACCAAGAAAGGCUGAUGUCACUUUUUAGCGUGGCUGAUUCUUGGCUAAAACAGUUGGGGGUUCAGCACCAUGACUUCAACUACAUGAGUAUUCGUCGUGGUUGAUGAAAAACUUGAAUGAUGAAAUCAUCUUUGCACGCUAACAAUGGAAUUGACUACCGGAAAUCCUUUUCUACUUUGGAAUCUUGUUUUGUCACUUGAAAGCAUGAUCAGCCUUUGAACUGAGAAUCGUCAAUGCAUCUUAUGUAAAGGCAUUAGGCUUUUAUGCAGUCCCUUCCUUUUCCUAAGUCGAGGAUCGCAGUAAUCUUAUGCUUGUGAUUUCUGUAACUACUUUUUUGUAUAGGAACGAGCCUAGCUUUUACGCGAUAAAACUUGAGAUGAAGCAUGAGACGAGCUGUAGUGGCUCGUUGUAAUCGGGCACAUGAUCAUCAGAUGUCAAUGAAGUCCUUUCUCUUGAAUGCA